CUCAAGCCAUAAACGUCAAAACGCAACAACAAGAAAAAACGCCAUAACAAAGUAAUUAAGUUAAAAUUAUGAAGUUUUCUUAGGACUAGUCAAAAUUUAGUAGUGGAAUUCUAUGUUGUGUUCUUAUAUUCAAAUCACAUUUUUACAAAACAAAUUUGUGUUAAAAUGAUAAAAUUAUCAAGGCUUGCAAUGUGCAGGAAAUCUAUACAAAGGUUGUGUCACAAUGAAGCGCAACGCCCUUAUGUUCUUGGAAUAGAAACAAGUUGUGAUGAUAGCGGUGCUGCAAUUGUUAGUAGUGACGGCCAAAUUCUCAGUGAAUAUAUUAAUUCACAGCAAAACAGUCACUUGAGAUCGAGCAGCAACCAUGCGGACACACAUCAUCGAACACCAGCAACAGAAUACCAAGGUCACCAUGGUCAGCAGCAGAACGCAGUAAUAAUGGGGCAACAGUAAACAACAUCAAGAUGCUGGUAAAGGACUUUCUCUUUCGGUAA